GCUCUGAUCUCACAUUCAUCUAGCCAAAAUUAUGAUGAUCAAAACGGCGUCGUCUUCUAAAUGGCUUCGUGGAGAAACUCGCUACCAUCACCAUCCCCAUCCCCAACUCGUUUAUUCCAAACCUAUUCCUCCUCCUUUCAUGGCUCCUCAAAAUCAGUUAGGGUUCAGAAUCACAGCCUCACCUUCCAUAGCCACACAAAUCAAUUCCAAACCUGGACAACCAAUGAGCACCCCUCCGAAACACCACCAGAUUUCGAACAUUCCAGAAAGUUCGACAUGCUAAUCGACAAGUACAGAUUCUGCACCUCUGCUACCUCAGCCGAGCAGUUCCAUUCAGACACAAUCAAGUACGGAUUCACCUGCGACAUCUUCAUAUCCAACACGCUCAUCAAUACCUACGUUAGGAAUGGUCAGUUGGACUCUGCAGACAAGGUGUUCGACGAAAUGCCUCUGAAGAAUUCCGUCACAUGGUCGUGUAUGAUCUCAGGCCACGCUCAUAGCCAAAUACCUCUUCAAGGAUUUUCUCUGUUUCGACGAAUGUUGCUCGCAGGAUUCGCGCCAAAUCAUUAUUCGAUCGGCGCAGUCUCGAGGGCUUGUCAGAGGAUCGGAAGCGAAGGCUCGUUACAGCAUGGGAUACAAAUCCACGGAUUAGUUUCGAAAACUCCGUACACAUUAGACGUCGUCGUCUGCAACGCUCUGAUAUCGAUGUAUGGUAGCCGUGUCGCCACCGGAGAUUCAGCUCGGCGCAUCUUCGACGGAAUAGCAGACAAGAACUCGAUAUCAUGGAAUUCUAUCAUAUCGGUUUACUGCCAGAGAGGCGACACAGGAUCAGCAUUUCAACUCUUUUCUGAUAUGCAAAAGGCGGGAUUCGGGUACAAUUUCAGACCUAGCGAAUACACAUUCGCGAGCUUAGUAUCCGCAGCCGGCGAGUCUCUAGACGUCGGCUGCAGCUCGUCGCUGCUGUCACAGCUUCUGGCGAAGAUCAACAAGUCAGGAUUUUUAGAAGAUUUGUACGUUGGGAGCGCUCUAGUUAGCAGCUUUGCGAAAGUCGGGACCAUUGACACGGCGAAGGAAAUAUUUGAGCUUAUGGGUUCACGGAACGCCGUAUCGGUGAAUGGGUUGAUCGUAGCGUUGGCGAAGAUGGGGCGAGGGGAAGAAGCAGUCGAAGUUUUUUCAGAGACGAGGCGCCGGGUGCGGCUAAACCUCGAUAGUUUCAUUCUUCUUUUGACCGCCUUCGGCGAGUUUUCAUGUCCCCGGGAAGGGAAGAAGAGAGGGGAAGAGGUGCACGCGUAUCUUGCGCGAAUGGGCGCGGAUGAUUCGAGUGUCACCGUCGGGAACAGCUUGAUCAACAUGUAUUCAAAAUGCGGCGCAGUCGAGAAGGCUUAUUUGUACUUCAGCUCAAUGGCGGUUAAGGACUCGGUUUCGUGGAGCUCGAUGAUAUCCGGGUUCGACCAAAACGGGCGUUUCGAAGAUGCAUUGUCGACCUUUCGGGCGAUGAGGCGCAACGGAUUGACGCCUUCGAAUUACACGUUGAUCAGUACCUUGAGCUCUUGCGGCAGCCUCGCGUCAAUCGCGGCAGGGGAGCAGAUACAUUCGGAGGUGAUUAAGUUGGGGCUGAAUCGUGACGUUUCGGUAUCGAACACGCUUCUUUCGCUCUACGCCGACGCCGGACAUGUCGUCGAAUGCCGGAGGUUGUUCUCCUUCAUGCACGACCGCGAUCGGGUUUCGUGGAACUCGAUUCUUAGGGCGUUUACCGAAUCUGAGGAUUCAAUAGUCGAGGCUGCCGAGUAUUUUGUCGAGAUGACGCGCGCCGGAUGGAGCCCCAACAGCAUUACGUUCAUAAACGUUCUCACGGCUGCAGCCGCGCUUCCCUGCAUCGAACUCACGCGACAGACGCACGCGUUAGUUUUGAAGCAUCGCCUCACCGAUGAGAUUUCCGUAAACAACUCGCUGCUCACGUGCUACGGGAAAUGCGGAGAGAUAAGCGACUGCGAGAGGAUAUUCGACCGGAUGUCGGGAAGGGAUGACGCCAGCUGGAACUCGAUGAUCUCGGGUUACAUACACGGCGAGGAGCUAGCGAAGGCGAUGGACUUAGUCAGCCAAAUGUUGCGAAACGGCCAAAGACUGGACAGUUUCACACUCGCGACGGUCCUUAGCGCCUGCGCUUCCGUCGCGACGUUGGAGCACGGGAUGGAAGUCCACGGGCAGGCAAGCAGGGCGUGCUUGGUACACGACGUGGUCAUCGGGAGCGCGCUCGUCGACAUGUACGCCAAAUGCGGGAGGAUCGACUACGCGUCGAGAUUCUUCGAGUCGAUGCCUCGUCGCAACGCGUUCUCGUGGAACUCCAUGAUAUCCGGUUACGCGCGUCACGGAGACGGGCAUCGAGCUCUCAAGAUGUUCGACCAAAUGGAGCGGGAAAGCCAGGCGCCGGACCAUGUGACCUUCGUCGGCGUUCUAUCAGCCUGUAGCCACAUGGGAUUAAUCAGCGAAGGAUACGACAACUUCGAGAAGAUGAGUAGAGUGUACAACCUAACUCCCCGAGUCGAGCACUACUCGUGUAUGGUUGAUCUCCUUGGAAGAGCCGGCGAGUUCGACAAGCUGGAGGACUUCAUCAACAGAAUGCCGAUACAGCCGAAUAUCCUGAUAUGGAGGACUGUUCUCGGCGCCUGCGGUCGCGCCAACAGUCGGCUGCUGGAUUUAGGCCGACGAGCUGCGCGCGUUUUAACGGAGUUGGAACCUCGGAACGCCGCAAACUAUGUCCUCGCCGCUAAUAUGUACGCAUCGGGUGAGAAAUGGGAAGAUAUGGCGAAGGCGAGACGGGCGAUGAAAACAGCUGCCGCUAGAAAGGAAGCCGGUCGGAGUUGGGUAGCGAUGAAAGACGGCGUGCACAUGUUCGUCGCCGGGGACAAGUUGCAUCGGGAUAAGGUUGCAAUAUACGAAAAGCUCGGUGAGCUGCACAGGAAAAUGAAGGCGGCGGGAUAUGUUCCGCAGAUACGGUAUGCACUGUACGAUCUCGAAUCCGAGAGUAGGGAAGAAGUACUGACCUAUCACAGCGAGAGGCUCGCCGUAGCGUUUGUCCUUACCCGGGAGUCGGAAUUGCCUAUAAGGAUAAUGAAGAACCUGCGGGUUUGCGGGGACUGUCAUUCCGCGUUCAAGUAUAUCUCGGAGAUUGUCGGAAGGCAGAUCGUGCUGCGCGACUCCAACAGGUUUCAUCACUUUGCGAACGGGAAGUGUUCCUGCAACGAUUACUGGUGA